AGAAGGGGGGUGGGGCGCUCUCCUCCAACCACCCCCCCACACACGCACACCGCUCCCCUCCCCGCCCCCCUCGCCCCGCCGCGGCGUCUGACGUCCCGCGCGUCGGUUUGCGCGGAGCAGCGCGGGGAGCCAGGCCGGCCGCAGGCGGGGUGUGAAGAGAGAAAAUGACACUCCAGUGGGCGGCAGUUGCAACCUUUCUUUAUGCUGAAAUAGGACUUAUUUUAAUCUUCUGCCUGCCUUUUAUUCCUCCUCAGAGAUGGCAGAAGAUUUUUUCAUUUACUGUCUGGGGUAAAAUUGCAACUUUCUGGAACAAGGCUUUCCUUACUAUUAUAGUCCUAUUGAUUGUUCUGUUUCUAGAUGCUGUGAGAGAAGUAAGGAAAUAUUCCUCAUCACCUGCCAUUGAGAAAGGCUUAACCACCAGACCUGGAGCCUAUGAACAUGCACAGAUGAAACUUUUUAGAUCUCAAAGAAAUCUUUACAUUUCUGGAUUCUCAUUAUUUUUUUGGCUAGUGUUGAGACGUCUGGUUAUCCUUAUUACUCAGCUGGCGAAAGAACUGUCAAACAAAGGAGUACUUAAAACUCAAGCAGAAAAUACUAAUGAGGCUGCCAAAAAAUUCAUGGAAGAGAAUGAAAGACUAAAACGGCUCUUGAAAAGCAAUGCCAAGGAAGAGGAACACAUUUUGGAAGCCGAAAAUAAAAAACUAGUAGAAGAGCAGGAAAAACUGAAAACUGAAUUAAAGAAGACUUCAGAUGCCCUCUCUAAGGCACAGAAUGAUGUGAUGACAAUGAAAAUGCAAUCAGAGCGACUUUCAAAAGAAUACGACCGACUCCUGAAAGAACACGCAGAACUUCAGAAUUGUUUGGGGAAAGACAAUAAGAAGGGCCUGUGAACCUUGAGGGAAGAUUGUGCGACGCCAUGUGAAGAUGAUCACUUUGUUAUCAUGUUAACCUCUAGAACAUUUACAAUUCAGUUCAGAAGAAGGUACUAUUUACGAGCAGCCAAUAAUUUUUUUAAUGCCAUGUAUAGGCUGUUAUCAUAACAGCAUUGUCACAAUAUUUGAUGAUGUUUCAGAUCUAUUGUAAAGUCUAUAUUCCAGCUCUCACAUAAAAUGUAAGCAUGAUAAACACCCUGUUGAGAUGUUGAGAGUAACACUGGUGUAUGGUUGCUGUUUGCCAAUAAAAGGACAGAUUUAUAACCAGUUACUUCCAAAACUAGAUUUUUAAGUUGAUGAAACCAUUAAUAGCCUUGAAACCUUGAUGAGUUUUCAGUAAUAAUCAUAACCUAUUUAAUGAGAUGAUGAUAAUGCUGAUAUAUUUGAAAAUAGUAUUCAGUAUCAGCAAAUUUGUUCAUAGGGAGAUUAAAUAAGGACAAAUGAUCAGAAUUAGCCACUGUUUGUAUAGGGAAGAGUCAUAAAGAACAAAAAAUAAAAACAGUGACCUGAGCUGUUUUUUAUAAGCCUGACGACACUAUAGCUUACUCUUAGAGGACAGCCAUAUUAAUAAUUAUAUUUUUGUUACUUUGCUUCUACAUUUGUUGUACUGUUUUUGUUGACAUUGGUGUUAAUAAGUAAUUAGUAGUUGUUACACCUUUUUAAAGUUCAUCUGGUAAUGAAGUUUACAUCUAUUUGCCUAACGGCCAUACACUGAACUUAAAAUUAUUAUACAACAAUGUGAAAUUCUUGACUUAGAAAGCUAAUGUACAACAUAUGCAAAGAGCAAUGUUUCCCAUCGCCGUGAGAGUUACUAAUUAUACAAAUAUUACCUCAAAUACAUGUAUGCUGGGGUCACAGUUUCUCUGAGAUGUAUCUGUGUUCUGAAAGCUAAAUCUUAAAUGCUAUUUUUUCAUUCAUAUUCCUUUGGAAUCUCCUUCAGCACAUGAUAGUGAUGAUAAUAGUAUUAAUAUGAUUUAGGUUGUUCUAGUGUUUAGACAUGAAACUCAUCUUCCUUGUCUCAUAAAGACUUAAAUAUAAAUGAAAAUGGAAAAUAAUGACCAGAAUUUUUACUUUCCCAGUAUCUGUUUCUUUUUUUCUUUUAAUUUAAUUUAAUUUUUUCAGUAUUCCAAGAUUCAUCAUUCAUGCACCACACCCAGUGCUCCAUGCAAUACGUGCCCUCCUUAAUAGCCACCACCUGGCUCACGCAUCCCUGUACUCCCCUCCCUUCCAAAACCCUCAGUUUGUUUCUCAGAGUCCUGUCUCUCAUGGCUCAUCUCCUCCUCCGAUUUCCUCCAAUUCACUUUUCCUUUCCUUCUCUUAAUGUCCUCCCUAUUAUUCCUUAUGCUCCAUAGGUAAGUGAAACCAUAUGAUAAUUGACUCUUUAUGCUUGACUUACUUCACUCUUCAUAAUCUCUAGUCCUGUCCAUGUUGAUACAAAAGUUGGGUAUUUAUCCUUUCUAAUGGAAGCAUAAUAUUCCAUUGUAUAUAUGGACCAUAUCUUCUUUAUCCAUUUGUCUGUUGAAGGGCAUCUUGGCUCUUUCCACAGUUUGGCGAUUGUGGCCAUUGCUGCUAUAUGAACCUUGGGGUACAUAUGGCUCUUUCACUACAUCUGUAUCUUUGGGGUAAAUACCCAGUAGUGCAAUUGCAGGGUCAUAGAGUAGCUCUAUUUUUCAUUUCUUAAGGAAUCUCCACACUGUUUUCCAAAGUGGCUGCACCAACUUGCAUUCCCACCAACAGUGGAAGAGGGUUCCACUUUCUCCAUAUCCCCUCCAACACUUGUUGUUUUUUGUCUUGUUAAUUUUGGCCAUUCUAACUGCUGUAAGUUGGUAUCUCAGUGUGGUUUUGAUUUGAAUUUCCCUGAUGGCUAAUGAUAAUGAACAUUUUUCUAAGUGUCUCUUAGCCAUUUGUAUGUCUUCUUUGGAGAAGUGUCUGUUCAUGUCUUCUGCCCAUUUUUUGACAUGAUUAUCUGUUUUUUGAGUGUUGAGUUUGAGGAGUUCUUUAUGAUCUUGGAUGAGGCAGGAAUCUAUUAAAAUUUUAGAGGCGAACAUAGGCAAGUAACCUCUUUGACAUCGGCCACAGCAGCUUCUUUCAAGACACGUCUCCAAAGGCAAAGGAAACAAAAGCGAAAAUGAACUUUUGGGACUUCAUCAAGAUAAAAAGCUUCUGCACAGCAAAGGAAACAGUCAACAAAACAAAGAAUUCAUUCUCCCACUGAAUGGGAGAAGAUAUUCCCAGUGUCUUUUUCAUCCUUUGUUGUUUAUUUCCAUUUUAGCACUGAUUUCAUGCAUAUCUAAUUUUGAUCAUUGUAACAUAGAUGAAAUGAGCAAACACAUAAGAAUUUUAUUUCAGAUCAAAGUCAGGAACUACUGCUAGAACACAGACAUGCAGGAGACAUUUAACAGGAGUAAGCGCUGGAGUUAAACCAUAUGGGAUGAUAACAGCCUGAAUAACAAGGAAGGGGAGAGCUCCAGUAGGAGGAAACUGACUAGGGACUGCUCAGAAUAUUGCCUCGGAAGUAGCAGAGUGGGUAAAUAAUGAAGGUACUGGGCGCUUGUGAUCCUCACCUCCCGGGCACAGAUAUCAAAUCUAGUGACAAAAUAAUAGAGAUAGAAGGAGAAGAACACAGCUUUAGAACUUUCAGAACUAAAAUCGAAUCCCAGCCUUACCACUAAUUCAGCUGUUUGAUUUUGAACACAUUAUUCACACUUGUUAGACUUCCAUUUCCUCAUCUCCAAAAUUAUGUAAGGAUUAUUAUGUGAACUAAGAUGCCACAACAAUCCUCAGUUUUUCCGACUGUGCAGCAGGGGAAAAGCCUGUCUCCCUUUGAAGAGCAUGAAGAUUCAAAAGAUUACCAGAAAGCACAUAAGCUUUAAAGUGUACAUUUAAGGGACACCUAGGUGGAUCAGUCAUUUAAGGUUCUGCCUUCGGCUCAGGCCAUGAUCCCAGGGUCCUGAAAUCAAGUUCCAUGUCAGGCUCCCUGCUCAGCAGGGAGUCUGCUUCUCCCCUGGCUUCUUCCCCCCUGCCUAGUAAGUGUGCCCUCACUCUCAAGCUGUCUCUCAAAUAAAGGAAAAGAAUCUUCUAAAAAAAAUAAAGUUUAUGUUUAAGUAACCUUGUACCUCAAUCCUCAAUUUUAGAAAUCUGCAACCCGAGGCUUUAAAAGUUUGAGCUGUUUACCCAAAGCAGUGUAGAAAGUUAGAUUCAGGGCCAGGGUCUGGGUGUGUUCCAGUUCCCCGGAUAUUAUUCUGGUGUCUGUACACAGAUUAAUUAUAAUUUGCUAAACAAGAUAUUGCCAUGUAUUCGCCAGCAUUUGAACGAAGGAGUCUGGCUCCAGAGUCACCAUACUGAACUGCCUUUCAAGCUACACUUGUUUGUUCUUAUUACUCUCUUAACCGCUGAUGGUUCUUAACACAUUCUGUUGUUAUAAAUAAACACCUAUCCCAUGGGUUUA